GAAGCAUCCACACCUGCAAACCCCCCAGAGCCUCGGUAAAUCUAUUAAUGGGACCAGAGCCGAGCCACAAGACUCCAGCCGAGCCAGUGUGUCUAUAUGGCACAAAAAACAAAAAAAAAUCUCCAGCCAUCGACCUUGCACAGACCGGAGCUCGUUAUCCGGCUUUCAGCUGUAAAGGCUCGUGUUGUGUUAGUCAAAAUACAGACCUUGAGCUGCCUCGUUUUGGUUUGUUGUCACCAUAUUUGGCCCGUGCGUUGGACAGUUAAACCAUUCAGGCUUAUUUGCGUAACAGAGUUUUCACACCCUUUAAAACUGACACACACAUCUUUAUUGUAGCUUCCAUGGAUUAUAUUAAGAUACAGCGAACGUGGAUUUCUGAAAAUAAUCCAACAACUGCUGGUGAUUUCCCUCCUUAUGUAUCUGCUUGUUGCAUAUAAGAUAAAUAAAAUAUGUUUCUAGCUGCGAUCGAGUCAACUCUCCUGCAGCUUUACAAGAAUUUUGGCCUAAUUCAAGAGACGGAGAAAAGACAAGGGGCGUGUUAAUAGGUGCUCGGCAGGGAAUAAAUCCUGCUUCAGAUGAGCAUUUAAUGGAGGAAAAAAAGAUCUUGCACUGAAAAGAUUGUAUAUAUGUUUUAAAAAGCUGCCUCAUGGCCUCAUCAUAUUAUCUAUAGAGCAUCAAGAUGAAGAAAAAUAGAUAAACAAGCUGGUGUGUGAUGGUGUGAUGUGAGUAAAUAGGAUGUAACGGCGUAGGAUGCUUUUAUUUUUAAACCAAAUCUCAUUCAGUUGUGUUAAAAAAAAAUCCUUGUCUUCCAAAUUGUUUAAUACAAUCUGUCCCCGCCCUCUAGCCUAUCACUGAUCACUGCCCCGCCCCAAACAAUACAUUUAUGACACACACACGCACACACACACACUCUCUGAGCCUAUUAUGUUAUUUUUAAACAACCAAACACUUGAUAAACAGUGAAUUAAACCUCCAAAUCUGAAGUUUUGAAAAUGCAGAAGCUCAAAAUUAAACAAAUUAAAAUGUCUUCAUGUAAGAAAAUCAGUCAUCCUUAUUUCUGACCCUUAUAAUAAAACCCCAGAGGAGUUUAUUAUACUUUAGAUGGUUAUUACUUCUUUAAGACGUGCUAAAUAAAUAAAAUAUUUGCACUCAAUUUACCCCAUAAGCCCAUUUCAGCUUUAUGCAACUUCUGACUACACUCCAGCAUCCUCUCCUACAAAUGGGGGAAUAAAAGUAAUGAAAAUGUCAAUACCAUAAAGUAGUGGUCCUUCGCGCAGCCAGAACCGGGAGUUUUUGAGGGAAGAGUGACAGCUCUUUGUUGCUGAAUAGAAAUCAGCGGCGAUGGAGAGAGAGAGAGGGAUUGAGGGAGAGACACCGAGCGAGAGAGGAGAGAGGCAGAGAGAGAGGGGAACUCCUCCUACCAAAUUAUUCAGACUGGGCAGGCUUUGCUCUCUUCACAAAUAGGACACGGUGCUCAAAUCCAGGCAGUCCCAACCUGACCUCCAAGCACCAAGGAACCCCUGACUGGGAUAUCGGGAGAGAGAGAGAGAGAGAGAGAGAAAGAGAGAGAGAGAAAUCACCAAAAAGAAACAACAACAGAAAAAAAACUUUGUGUCAUUAUUUUUGGCGAGUGUUCACACUGUAGCCCCCUCCCCUCCUCCCUCCCCAACACCACCACCACCACUUCCACACCGGUUUGUCGCGUCAUUUGGACUAUAUAUUUUUUCUGGAGGAGAGACAUUCACGGGAAGAAGGAAAAAGCUGGUGCACCACCACCACCACCUCCUCCUGUCCCACCCAUGUUGUAGUUUCUUCGUUCUUCUUUUUUUUCUUCCAGUUGCCUUUGCACUCUGGCGAGGAGGUGAUCUGAAUCUCUGGGGUUGUGUUGUUGUUGUUUUUUUUGUGUGUGUGCCUCUCUCAGAGCCUCAGAGCCCAUUUGGAUGCGCUGAGAGAGCGGGGCGCAGCGCUGCAGUACAGUAUAUGGAAGUUGUGGGCUGCAAGACAGAGGCAGGCAGUUGCACGUUGCGUCCAGGACCGGGAGCCAUGCUUUUCCACGGGAUCUCCGGGGAUCACAUCCAAGGGAUCAUGGAGGAGAUGGAGAGAAGGUCGAAAACGGAGUCGCGCCUGGCGAAGGGCAUGCAGCUGAACGGGAGAGAGUCGACCAUGCCUUCCAUGAGCCCGGAGAAGCCUGCUCUGUGUGCCGGCUGUGGCGGCAAGAUUUCGGAUAGAUACUACCUCCUGGCCGUGGACAAACAGUGGCACCUGCGGUGUCUCAAAUGCUGUGAAUGUAAACUAGCGCUGGAGUCGGAGCUAACGUGUUUUGCCAAGGAUGGGAGUAUCUAUUGCAAAGAGGAUUACUACAGGUUCUCAGUGCAGAGGUGCGCGCGCUGCCACCUCGGGAUAUCGGCCUCGGAGAUGGUGAUGCGGGCGCGCGACUCCGUGUACCACCUGAGCUGCUUCACGUGCACCACUUGCAACAAGACGCUGACCACGGGCGACCACUUCGGCAUGAAGGACAGCCUGGUGUACUGCCGGCUCCACUUCGAGACGCUGGUGCAGGGACCGGACUACCACCAGCAGCUCAACUUCGCCGAGCUGGCGGCCAAGGGCGGCGGCCUCACCCUACCCUACUUCAACGGCACCGGGACGGCGCAGAAGGGAAGGCCGCGCAAGAGGAAGAGCCCGGCGAUGGGGAUAGAUAUACCCAGCUACAACACAGGCUGUAACGAGAACGACACCGAUCACUUGGACCGGGACCAGCAGGCCUACGCUCCAACACAGAAGACCAAACGCAUGCGGACCUCCUUCAAGCACCAUCAGCUGCGGACAAUGAAAUCCUACUUUGCCAUCAACCACAACCCAGAUGCCAAGGACUUAAAGCAGCUGGCCCAGAAAACAGGCCUCACUAAGAGAGUUCUACAGGUUUGGUUCCAAAACGCAAGAGCCAAAUUCAGAAGGAACGUUUUGCGACAGGAGAAUGGAGGUGUUGAUAAGGCUGAUGGCACCUCACUCCCUCCACCCUCAUCUGACAGUGGGGCCCUGACCCCCCCCUCCAGCGCGGCCACACUAACAGACCUGACAAACCCCUCUAUCACUGUAGUGACCUCCGUCACCUCUAGUUUGGACAGCCAUGAUUCGGGGAGCCCUUCGCAAACUACCUUGACAAACCUUUUCUAACAAGCUAUCCCUAGCAGACUGAUUUUUUUUUUUUUAUCUGAUUUUAUUUUGUUUUUUUUAAUUUUUAUUUUUUUUAUUUUUUAUUUUAUUUCUUCAAUUUGCAUUUUAUUUUUUUAAGUGACACCUUUAAAUCUACCAGAGACAGCUCCCUGGAACAGAAAGUGCUGUACUGUGUACACAAACAAGAACAACAAGAGCAAGAACAGCAGCGACCACAUUAAAACACAAGGAAAUCAUUUUAAUGUGUAGCAUUUGAAACCGCAUGGCAGCCGUGUCUGUAAUCGACUUACAGUAUGCUGAGAUUGAUUUUGGACGGGAUAUUUUUGAAGCUGACGGCAUUAGAAAAUUGUCAUGGAUCCCACAAUUCAUCGGAAAAAACCCAACAACUUAACUUGAAGCUUGUCUGGAAACCUAGAUUUUGACUUGAUUUGACUUUAUUUGUACAUUUGUAUUGAAUUAUGAUCAAAUGAGCCCUUCCUAAUUUAUGCUUAAUUGGUAAAUUUUAAAAUAAUAUGAAUAUUUUGCCCUCAGAAACCUGUAUAUGUAUGCACUGUGUUCGCACUAUCCAAUUUAAAGAUUUUUUUCUUUCUGUUUUGGAAUCAUUUGGGAAAUAAACUUGUAGAAUGUUCUGUAUAUGGGUAACUCCAGAAAACAGGCUUUAAUUAUUUCCGAAUGUUUCAGUCUUUGAGACUGAGUUGGAUGGAAUCAGACAUUGAGAUAUCUCACAGAGCUACAUGUCUAAAUUGCAUAAUAAGUACCUAACCAUCGCUGCUUAUACGGCAGGUAGAUGCUGAAACCACACACAUUUUUGUCUUGAUUCGCAGACCUACUGUGAUAAAGAGAAAGAAGCUAAUCCCACAAUCUGUACAGUGGUAACUGUUCAACAUGUAAUGCAGUCACAUUGAUAGAAAUGGUUUGGUAAUUAGAAAUCAGCAGGAGAAAUUUGGAUUGGAGAACAGUUUAUGCACGCUGUUGCAAUCGAUUGUUUUCUUGACAGAGCACUUUUUCAGAUUUGUUGGCCUCAUAGAUUAACCGUAGUCAAGUGGAUGAAUCCUAGGAAACAUAUCCAUAGACCCACAGCUAAACCCAAUUGCACAGUGACAAUAUACUGCCCAGUGAAAAGUGCAUUAUUGUUUUUAUCAUGUUGCUCAGGGUAACAAUGUGAUUUUAAAAAGGGAAAAGGAGUAAGGGGGGUGAGAAAUUCAGUGGUUGCGACGUUGCAGACUAGAUUUGUAGAGCUGACAUGAACAUUCAAAUGACCUCAGAUAGGUGGAGUCGUAAGAGGCAGCCAGUGGGAAAUCAUUGUCCAUGUGUUCUCCUUUUUGGCCAUAUUUAUACUUUCUUUAAUGACACUUGCCACUGAACAGACCAAAAACAUGUUUCUUCUGGCUGAAAGAUAGAGAGAAAAGAAAGACAGAGCAAAAUCUUCAAUGGAGUUGAUACAUUUCAUUGUGAGCGUCACAAUUUGUUCUAUUGUAGAACAAAGUGGUACUCUAGAUCUACUUAAUGAAGUAGAUGCCUAACUCAGUUCUACUAUGUGCCUUAUGCUAUAACUUGGGAGAAAGUUUGUGAAAUUCAGGAUAUAUGUGUUCUUUGUUAACUGAUUCACAUCCUUUUGACGCCUCACUAGUUUUGUACUGUUUUGCAUCUUAUUUCCGAAGAUCUUUUUAUGGUGUAUCCUGUUAAAAAGGGGGCAGCGAUGUCAUAGAAAGCAUUUGUGCACUCUUUCAGAUAUAGUUGGGUAAUCCAAGAAACCUUAUAUAUUGAUCUUCGUGUUAAUAGUUGAGUACAGUAAGUGUUCUAUCAAGAUUGUCCAUGUUUCCCUGUUUCUUGAUAAAGAUGGUGUAUAGAAACUAUUUCCCCUUAAAUAUUUAUGGACCAAACGGUUGUUAUAUAUCUUAUUAAAUUUGUGUGAAUAAAAAAAUACUUUGCUUUAAA